AUGCUCACCUUCGCUCUCUACCUCUAUUCCUUACUCCACCUCCUCUCCUUCACCGCCGCAGACGCAACUCCGCCUUACACACCCAUCGAUUACUUCCUCGUCAACUGCGGCUCAUCCUCCAAUGCUACGUCGCAAGACGGCCGGAUCUGGGACGGUCAUGCCAAGUCAAAAUUGUCAGAGUCCAACAUCGGCACCACCUCAUCACUAUCCACAGCCACCGAACUAGACCCUUCCAUCAACGACAUCCCUUUCCUCACCGCCCUUAUCUCCACCUCCAAAUUCACCUACACCUUCAACGUAUCCGAUGGCCCCAAAUUCAUCCGCCUCCACUUCAACCCAGCCACCUUCUCAAAUCUCAACAGAUCAAACUCUUACUUCUCCGUCACCGCCGCAAACUACACCCUCCUAACCAACUUCAGUGCCUUCCUCACCGUCUCUGCUUUGGUUCCUCAAAAAUCCUAUCUCGUCAAAGAGUUCAUUGUCAAUGUCAGAGACACCCAAAAGCUUGACGUAACAUUCGACCCAUCUCCCAACUCAUACGCCUUUAUCAACGGCAUCGAAGUCGUUUCGAUUCCCAACAAUUUCUACGUGAAAGGCGAUCUCAAUAGUAUCCCUUUGGUUGGCUCUCAACAAUAUUUCUAUAUCGACAACAACACUGCUCUUGAAACUCUGUACCGGUUAAACGUCGGUGGCAAAGACUUAUCUGUGAAUGACGAUACUGGCCUGUACCGGACGUGGCAUCAAGAUGACCCGUAUAUAUAUGGCGCGGCCUUUGGUUUGACUCCUCAUUUUGACGUUCCAAUUCGGUACACUAACGAGACAUCGAAUUACACUGCUCCGGCGACUGUGUACACUUCGGCUCGGACCAUGGGAAGGGACCCACAUAUAAACUUGCAGUACAAUUUGACUUGGACCUUCACCGUUGAUUCUGGGUUCCGGUACCUGGCUAGGCUUCAUUUUUGCGAGUUUCAAUUGGAGGUAACCAAAGAAAAUGAGAGGAUAUUUUCUGUGUAUAUGAAUAAUCAGACGGCUGAUCAAGAGGUUGAUGUUAUACACUUGAGUGGGGGUCGCGGAAUUCCUGUUUUCAAAGAUUAUGUUCUUUUGAUCCCAGCCGUCGAUGGUCUCCGGAGUAAGGUGGAUUUGUGGCUCGCGAUACACGCGAAUGUGGACACCAGGCCCAUGUACGCUGAUGCAAUCUUGAACGGUUUAGAGAUCUUCAAAUUGAGUCAAUCGGACGGUAGUCUCGCCGGGCCCAAUCCUGAAUACGCUAUGGUUCCUGCACCACCCGCACCGUAUCCAAAGCUACCGGGCAAACAGAAUAGUAAAACAUCGUUGUCGUGGGUCUUUGCCGUCGCCGGAGGUGUAAUCGGCGGAGUAUUCUUGAUUUCAGUGAUUGGUUUCUUGAUUUUCCGGCGUUCGAGGAGGGUAAGAGACUCCGGUGCAAGCGUGGUCAAGUCAUCAUGUGUCCAAUUUUGGCUUUCGCACAGGUCAAAUCCCACGAAGACCAACGCUUCAUCACUGCCGUCUAAUCUCUGCGGACAAUUCUCACUCACAGAGAUCAAAUCUUCUUCAUCAUUACCGUCUGACGGAUUGUGUCGUCGCUUCUCUCUUGCUGAGAUUCAAUCUAUGACCCACAACUUCGAUGAUGAAAUGGUCAUUGGAAGUGGUGGAUUUGGUAAAGUCUAUAAAGGAUUCAUCGAUGGUGAGGAAACCACUGUCGCUAUAAAGCGGUUGAAUUCAAUGUCUAAGCAAGGUGCACAUGAGUUUUGGACAGAGAUCGAGAUGCUUUCCACGCUUCGACACAAUCAUCUUGUCAGUCUUAUAGGCUAUUGCGAAGAAGGCGAUGAGAUGAUCCUUGUUUAUGAGUAUAUAGAGAAUGGUACCCUUGCUGAUCAUCUCUACAAAAUUAAUACCAGUGGAAAUAUUUGUCAUAUGUCAUGGGAACAAAGACUCAACAUUUGCAUUGGUGUUGCACGUGGAUUGGAUUACCUUCACACGAGUACUCAGCAAGGUGUUAUACACCGAGAUAUGAAGACCACAAAUAUUCUAUUGGAUAAGGUUUGGGUGGCUAAGAUUUCAGAUUUUGGUUUGUGCAAAAUGGGCAUCACAAGCGAUUUUGGCACCCAUGUUAGCACAGAUGUUAAAGGCACAUUUGGUUAUUUGGAUCCAGAGUAUUUCAUGACUCGUCGGCUAACCAAGAAAUCAGAUGUGUAUGCCUUCGGUGUCGUGUUGUUGGAAGUGCUUUGUGGGAGGCCCGCAGUCGAUAUGAGACUUGAGGAAGAACAAUGCAGUCUAGCCCUAUGGGCUCAACAUUGUAUCAAGAAGAAGAAACUUGGUCAGAUCAUUGACCCUAGUAUAAAGUACCAAAUCUCGCCGCAUUGCCUGAAGGUGUUCACAAAAGUUGCUAAAAAAUGUUUACAUAAUCAGCCAAAUGGACGUCCUACAAUGGCUGAUGUAGUGGUGAGCCUUGAGUGCGCUUUGGUGGAGCAAGGAUCCUCUAGAGUUUUUUUUUCCUAAAGUUUCCUAGAGUGGUGUGUUGUAUGGUUGAGAUUUAAUGACAAGUCACAUCAAUUUUUUAGCAUUAAAUCUCACCCAUACAACACACCACUUUAGAAAACUUUAGGAAAAAAAAACUCUAGAGGAUCCUUAGUGGCUUUGGUGGCACAGGAUCAAUGCAGGGAUAUAGAAGAUGUUGAUCUGCCACAAAUAUCGUCCCCUCGUACGCAUUGCUGGCAUGAUAUGAGGUCCCGAUUUUUGUAAUUUCGUUUAGAUCUUUACUUUUGAAUUAUUUUUAUAAAGAUCUUCAAUUUAAAUUCAA